GCUGCGCGGUCUACGAGAGCGCUUCUCAAGAGGGCUGUACGAGCUGGACCUCAAGAUCUCAAGCCCCAGCCCAUUCUGAAAGGCCUGCGAACAGCGUCAAACGACGUAUUUGAAGAAGAACACGCCGUGACUCAGGAAUGGCAAGCUCCUGUGGAACACUGAAUGUGGCGUCGCCGCUUUCGAGAGCAAGCAUGGGGGCAGUGUCCUCUGCUGCCCAAGCCCGUGCAUCUUGCAGAGCAAUCGAGAAGCUCAUUGACAGAAACGAGAGCAUCUUUCACAAAGGCGAACAUCCUUGACAGGGGUGCAAGCGAAGACGAGCCCCUCGUACUUCCGUCACUCUAUCAUGUUCAUGCCCACGUGCUGGCUUCACUCCUUCCCUGGCUCUCAAGAAGCACCGACUUGGACUCAGCCAGAUGUGCAAGCCGCUCGAGAUGUAUACUCUCCAUCAUUGGACACCACCUUGGAUGCCAUCCUCGUCGACAUUUGCAUGGAUGCUGACAACAUUAUCCAGGUAUAUUCGACAACCCUGUGUGCGGACAACUCGCAACUUAUGAAGAUUUUUGUACAACGGUUGUUGGUCGCCCGAGAGCGACGUCUAUAUCGCCGAAUGCGUUGCAAAUCAAUGUGCCCUCGGCCCACUCCACAAACCGAGCGUAUGCUUGAGCAUCGAGGCCCCCCACCCACACAAACCCCAUAUGUCUGCGGCAAGGAAGAAUGUAACGAGUGGGCGAGCAGGAUCGGCAAUGCAAAGGCAUCAUCACUGGCACCGACGUUUACCUUUUCCGUGCAUUCUUCAUCGUGAACUCGGGCGAUACGAGUCUAAUCAAGGCUGAAUAUCUGCGUGCGCCUAUAAUUCCCGCCACAACAUCGGCUUCCCAGCGAUGAACGCUAUGUCCGGGCCUGCAGGUGUGACG